AGAUAGAGGAGGGGAAAAACAAAGAAGAAGAAGAGAUAACUGCGUAAAUGAGAGAUGUAAAUGCAAAUAGGGAAUGGAAGUUUGUGAAGGAAUUUUUAGGACGGAAAGAAAGGGAAUUGAGAAUUUUAGAAUGGAGAGAAUAUUUUUGUGAAUAUACCCGGCCCGGAUCGCCUACAUCUUCUAAUCCAAAACCCCGUCGUCCACGGCAUCUCGCCAUUGCCGGGAAAAGAAGCUUCACUCCAGGGUCCGCACCUUCGGCUUCUAGCCGCCGCCCGCCAACACCACCGACGGCCGAUUUCUCCUCAGAUGGCAUUAAGAGGUGUUUGGCAACUUCAGAAGCUGGUGGUUAGCUAUUCUGAUUGGGGAGGCAGUAGCAGGGGUUUAAGGGCAUUUAUGGAGUCUCAUCUGCCAGCAUUCAAGGACAUCAAUCCUCACCUGGAAGUGGUAACCGAGCUGAAUCGCGGGCAACAUCCAUACUUGAAGGGAUUAUACAAAAACAAGAAUGAGCGUGUUGUCUCGGUUAAAAACUUGACCCCGGAAGAAAUUCUGUUACAAGCAACAAGGCUAAGGAAUUCACUGGGGAGAAAGGUGGUGAAGAUGAAGACUAGACAUGUCACCAAACACCCAAGUGUCCAAGGCACCUGGACUACAGAUUUGAAGAUGUAAGACCAAUGUUUCAAGGCGGACAAGCAACCAACACCAUAUCUAGUGUUGGGGAAGACGAGAAACAGUCCACUGCAAAUUAUCCCCACCAUCAACGGGAAGCUCUGCAUCACUUCAUCCAUCUCCUUCCCAUGGCCGGGGAACAGGCAGUCCGUCACG